AUGUCCAUGCACCCCACGCCCUGGGGGAUUGGAGCCCGCCAUUCAGCGAUUGGCCAGGUUCCAGGCAACAACUCGACAGGUAUGAAGGUGUUCUUCGCUGCUGCUCUGACUGCUGCGGCCAUGUCGGCAACCUAUGCCGAGGAAUUCUGUGACCAAUGGGGCAAGACCACUUCGGGUAACUACAUUAUCUACAACAACCUGUGGGGGUCCAGUGCGGCUACCGGGGGCAGCAAGCAAUGUACCAGUCUGAACAGCGGAUCCGGAGACACCGUCGCCUGGCAAACAACCUGGUCGUGGCAGGGUGGUGACAAGGAGGUCAAGUCUUAUGCUAAUGCUGCUCUAGAGUUCGAACCUGUGCCUCUUACGGAGGUCAAAUCCAUUCCGUCGACUAUGUCGUACAAGGUCAAGUACAGUGGCAAAGUUGUGGCCGAUGUUGCCUAUGAUCUGUUCACGAGCUCUACUGCCAAGGGCGAGAAGGAGUUCGAGAUCAUGAUCUGGCUGGCUGCCAUCGGUGGCGCCGGCCCGAUCUCGAGCACCGGCAAGGCUUUAGCCACGACUACCAUCGCAGGCACCGAGUGGAGCGUCUACAGCGGACCCAACGGACAGAUGAUGGUGUACUCGUUCGUCGCCUUCAAGCAGGUCGAGAACUUCGAGGGUGACCUCAUGGAGUUCUUCAACUACCUUGUGAAAAGCCACAGCUUUAAGACCAGCCAAUACUUGAUCAAGGUUGAGUGUGGCACUGAGCCUUUUAUCGGCAAAGAUGUGACCAUGACUGUGUCCAAGUACUCGGCUACUGUCAACACGGGCAGCGGGGGUGGCUCCACGCCAACGCAGUCGGGUGACAGCAGUUCGACGGGUGCUCAGACGACAACUGCUCCCUCUACCGGUUCAUCAACCGAGGAGACUCCUUCUACCUCCAGCACUGGUUCUUCGAUCGAGCAGAAUCCUUCCACCCCCAGCACGGGAUCGUCGACCGAAGAUACUCCUUCCACUGGUUCAUCGACCGAAGAAACACCAUCUACUGGCUCGUCGACUGAGGAGACCCCUUCCACUGGUUCAUCGACUGAAGAAACUCCUUCCACUGGUUCAUCGACCGAAAAUACACCAUCUACUGGAUCGUCGACCGAGGAGACUCCUACCACUGGCUCGUCGGCUGAGGAGACCCCUUCCACUGGAUCAUACCGAGCAGACCUCUCCGACUUCUUCAGGGGACGAUGA